AUGUCUGUUAUUGCUCUCAACAGCCUCUCCGAAUUUCGAAGUUUAAUAAAUUCAGGCUACACUGUCAUAAUCGACUUCUGGGCUACAUGGUGUGGCCCCUGCCGAAUCAUCAGUCCAGUGUUUGAAAGCCUUGCCACAAUCCCCGAAUUCAGUGACAUCAAGUUCGUCAAGGUCGAUGUCGACGAACAGACGGAAAUUGCUGAAGACGUCGGAAUCAGAGCCAUGCCAACCUUCAUUGUUUUUAAAGAUGGUGUUAAAAUGGACGAGUUAGUGGGUGCUGAUCACAAUAGCCUGCGAACGCUUAUUUCGCGCAAUGUACCAGCUAGAUCUUGA